AUGGCUCCAUACGCAGAAGUAGCGUACCAACUAAUGCAUGGAACACCUCUGCAACUGCAAGCACUCCUACUGCUCUUCUUCAUACUACUACUGCGCCUGGCCACCACAACCAGUAGCAGAAACAAGGCAAAGCGUGUACCUCCUUCCCCUCCGGGGUUCCCUGUCAUAGGCCAUCUCCACCUCGUCGGUGACCUUCCUCACGUCUCCCUCUGCAACCUCUCCAGGACGCACGCCCCCGACGGCCUCAUGCUACUCCGCCUCGGCGCCGUCCCGAACCUCGUGGUGUCGUCCCCGCGUGCCGCCGAGGCGAUCAUGCGGACGCACGACCACAUGUUCGCGUCCCGCCCACCGUCCAAGAUCGCCGAGGUGCUCCUGUACGGGCCGUCGUCGGACAUUGCUUUCUCCCCCUACGGCGAGCACUGGCGGCAGGCGAGGAAGCUCGUCACCACCCACCUCCUCACGGUCAAAAAGGUCCAGUCUUACCGCAUCGCCCGUCUACAAGAGGUGAAACAGGUGUUAGCCAGGAUAAGCGAGGCUGCAGCGGCGAGCAAGUCCGUCGACCUGGGCGAGACCUUGAACACUUACGCGAACGACGUGGUGUGCCGUGCCGUCUCGGGAAAGUUCUUCAGGGCGGAAGGCCGCAACAAGUUGUUCAGAGAGCUGAUCGAGGCAAACUCUGCUCUCGUCGGUGGGUUUAACCUCGAGGACUACUUCCCAAGCCUAGCCAAGGUGCUACAUCUUCUGAAUAGGUUCGCCUGCAGCAGCGCCAAGACGGUACAUAAGAGGUGGGACGAAUUGCUCGAAGCGAUUAUUAGCGACCACGAGAGAAACUCGAUGCACCAAGAGAACGGCACCGAUGAUUUAGGCGAGAGUGACUUUAUCGACGUGUUGCUAGCGGUUCAGCAAGAGUUCCGCGGUAUAACCAGAGACCAUAUCAAGGCCAUCCUAAUGGACAUGUUUGCGGCGGGCACAGAUACCUCGUCUUUGGUCUUAGAAUUCGCCAUGGCCGAGCUCAUGCGCAAUCCUAAACUCAUGGUCAAGCUACAAUCGGAGGUAAGAAACAACACUCCCAGGGGACAAGAACUCGUUGAAGAAGAGAACCUUUCCGGCAUGUCCUAUUUGAAGGCUGUGGUGAAGGAGACGCUCAGGCUCCACCCACCGGUGCCGCUCCUUGUCCCUCACCUCGCCAUGGCUGACUGCGAGGUCGACGGCUACAGGAUUCCUGCUGGAACACGGGCCAUCAUCAACUCGUGGGCUCUCGGCAGAUACCCGGGCUCGUGGGAGAAACCCGAGGAGUUUGUGCCGGAUAGGUUCGUCGAGGGUGGUGCCGCAGCGACGGUGGACCUAAGGGGAAAGGACUUCCAGUUCGUGCCAUUUGGGGCUGGCCGGAGGAUCUGUCCUGGACUCAACUUCGGGUUGGCUACCGUCGAGAUCAUGUUGGCAAACCUGGCGUACUGCUUCGACUGGGAGCUGCCGGACGGCGUGGAGGACAUCGAUAUGACGGAGGUGUUUGGCCUCACGGUUCAUAGGAAGGAGAAGCUCAUGCUUGUCCCCAAACCCCAUAGAGCCGUGUGAUCGGUGUAGAGUGUGCAUGUACCGUAGUUCAUGCUUGCGUGUGUGUUGAUAUUCACAUUUGCAUACAUACACGAUGCUGAUGAACUCAUCUAAUUACAUAGUAUGGUUUUACGUCUGAAUGUAAGUAAUUAUUCAGUCCAUUGAAAUCGAAUGUAAAAAUUUUCUUA